GGGGAUUUAUUGUCUCAUUCAAAAUGCCAAAGUCAAACAGUGGAAAAACUGAAAUGUUCAACUCUUUUGGGCAUUUGGUAGCUAAAAACUUAAGACACAGUCAUUGUUCUUCAAAUGAAUAGUGUGUCCAUCAUUGAGUAAGCAAUUAACAGUACUCGUCAGUUGCGAGAAAGAGGGCGGAGUGAUGUCUCCAGACAAAGAUAAUCUCCUUGAAGCUCUGCAGCAGAUUGCAGUUCAAUGGGAUUCAGACAUACCGGAAACUUCAAAGGAACAAAUCAGGUUCCUUAAAAGGGAUUUCGAAUUCCUGUAUAUUUUCCUCAGCUUCACAGAUUUAUCAUUUAUCCCAGAUUUCACAUGCAAAGUUCAAGGUCUGUUUCAAGAUGCUGUCGUUGACCUCAAAAAAGUCAACAAGAUCCAUCACAUUGAUCGUGUUACCUCUCGGAUACAAGAAAAGAUACGUAUCUCUAAGUUGGAAAUCAGAGAUAUCCAUUUAGUAUUAUCCAAUAAAGACGGUAUUGAUAACCCUGAAUUUGUAAUUGAUUUCAUUGAUACUGUCAUUCAGAAUCUGGAUGAUUUUGUUGAACUGGGAGAUUCUGUCUUCAAAGAGCUGAAGUUAAUGAGGAAUUUUGUUUGCUUUGUUUCGGGCAGAUCCAUGGAGCCGAAACGCCUACAUGCUUUCGUGACUCAUGUUUUACUUGUGGUUUGUCGUGCAGCAAUGAUUGUCUGGUUGUAUUACAGUGAAAAUCAAGAAAUGAAUAGUUUGUUAUCUGAUCUUGUGCAGAUGAAGAUUAAACUCAUUCAGCCAGAUGUACGUAAGAUCUAUAUUGAUGUCCUGCAAGCUGUAACGCAUCCGAUUAUACAAAUUGAGAAUGCAGCUGAUUGUGUAGCUGGCCUUAUGGAGACUCUCCAACACAACUUGGAAGAGCUACCAACACAUAGUCAGAUGCACGUUGUGUUGACAGAUCAAAUACUAGUCCUUCAGGAGAUGCUUGACCUCUUAGUUUCUGUACAUGCGUCUUGUGAGUGUAACCCAAUUUUAUUACUGCGAAAAUGA